AUGAUGGCAAGAGUUUUGCCUUCCAGCUCCAUGAAACUCCGCCGGCAUAGAUGCAGCAAGAAUUUCCUGGGAGUUACUAAUGGUAUUCCAACAUCCCGUGCCAGCCCACGAAUUCCAUUAGAUUGCAUCUCCUCCUUCCUCAAGAGAUCUUCGUGUGACCGAAUAACGGAAUAUGCACGAGAUGGAAGAAUAGGUAGAACAAGACUGGCUGGUCCCGCGGGAAGACGAGCUACGCUGUCAAACCUCCGAUCAAUUUUUCACUCACGUAAUUCCUUCGCUAUACAAUUUUCCGAUAUGUGUACUACUUGUUGUGUUAAACCUGCCAGCGUCGCAGGAGACCAGAUCGAUUUUGAAAUUCUCUUCCGUUCAAACGCAUUCUUACUCUUCCUCCUCGUUCUACUGUGCAAUAAUUGA